GUCACCGACCGACGCGAUCAGGUCCAGAGAGGGAGUGUCGGUGGGGGAGACGCCAUGGACGUUUCGCUCUGUCUGGUGUUGCUACAGUUGACAGUGGCAUGGAGCAGCGGAAAUGGCUUCCGGGUGGAGCAGCCGAAAUACAUCGAGGCCGUAGAGAACGAGCCCGUCACUCUCACCUGCACCUUUACCCGCCCGGAAAUCUCCUCACUCCGAGACAUUGACGUUAGAUGGAGAGUUCGCAAUUACUACACGGCAGGUAUAUUCAGAUAUCUGAAUAACCACACACACAAAGAUUUCAGAGGCCGGAUCAAGUUCCUGGGUUCACCAUUUAGAGACAACACAGGCUCCAUCCGCUUACUCCGGGUCAGAGAACUGGACAGCAACAUAUACUUCUGCAGUGUGGUGAUCUUGGGGGAAGUGUACACAGGUCCUGGGACCGUCCUGUCAGUUCAAGCACGGACCGGUAGCCGUGAGUUCCGGGUGAGGCAGCUGGGGUACCAGGAGGCUGCAGAGAAUGGGUCCGCCAUUCUCCCCUGUUCCUUCACUUACCCGGACAUUUAUACACCCAGAGACAUUCAUAUCACUUGGAGAGUUGGUGGCUUUCAUGGUGCAGAGAUAUUCGAUUCUUCACGAAACAACGCACUCGGGGAAUACCGAGGCCGGAUCGAGUUCCUGGGCUCCCCAUUGCGAGACAAGACGGGCUCCAUCCGCUUACAUCGGCUGAAAGGAAAUGACUCCAAUUUCUAUGUCUGCCGUGUGACAAUUUUGGAAGAUCAUCGGAAGCCGACUAGAUGGCAAAGCAUGUCAGGGACGUUUCUGUCAGUGAGAGCACGGACCGGUAGCCGUGAGUUCCGGGUGAAGCAGCCGGGGUACCAGGAGGCUGCAGAGAAUGGGUCCGCCAUUCUCCCCUGUUCCUUCACUUACCCGGACACUUAUACACCCAGAGACAUUCAUAUCACUUGGAGAGUGAGUGGGUUUCAUGGUGCAGAGAUAUUCGAUUCUUCACGAAACAACGCAUUCGGGGAAUACCGAGGCCGGAUCGAGUUCCUGGGCUCCCCAUUGCGAGACAAGACGGGCUCCAUCCGCUUACAUCGGCUGAAAGGAAAUGACUCCAAUUUCUAUGUCUGCCGUGUGACAAUUUUGGAAGAUCAUCGGAAGCCGACUGGAUGGCAAAGCAUCUCAGGGACGUUUCUGUCAGUGAGAGCCGGAUCAGCUGACCCCAGGGGCAGUCCGACCUUGCUCUACACCCUUUUGGGGGUCUGUGGGCUAGCACUAUGUGUCGGACUGGUCUUCGGGAUUUGGAUCAUCAAGAGAAAGAGAAGUGGGAAUAUAAAGAAAGAAAACCACAAUCCUGUGCCAGCUGUAGGUGGAGACAAGAACGUUCGUCAAUGUCAGGAAGAUGCCUCUGGGUCGCCUCAGAAUUAUGACAUGCCUAACAUCGUUGCUGCUGAGGACGAGAGUCCGGAGGGGAUUGUCUACUCAGUCGUACAAGCCAAGGGGAGACCAAAAGCAGUCAGAAACGUCGCCUGUUCAGAAGAGAAAUGUCUCUACGUAGCUGUUAAAUUCAGGGCUGAGACUCAGUAGCCCUUUCAUGUCACCAGGAUAUCUGUCUUCACAAUCCGAAUUAGUCAAUAUAUUAACAAGCACAGUUACUCAAACAUGUUAUACAUAUCACUCACAAGCACUUUACCACAUACCACAUACACUAAGCAUGACAAAACAGAAGAAACGGGACCCAUUGCCCACGAUGUACUGGCUGGGCACAGAGAUGGGCUGCUCUCCAUCCCACUGUGCCCCCUGCCCAACCACUCAAAAACACAAUAGAACAGACUUGGCAUCACUGGCUCACAUCAGCCUGCGCUCUCAGAACUGAACCGGCAGCAAACAGCCGGGGACCAGAGCCUUGGGUAAAACAACAACUUGCAUGGUGCCUCUUGCUCCUUCACUCUGGGACACCAAAACAAGUGGGUAAGAGAUGCAGAUGUACAAUUGGACAAAGGGAGAGCGGGAUUGAGAGACACCAGUCAGUGUACAGAUAUCCCCUGAGAGAGAGGGCCUGAGAGACAUCGGUCAGUGUACAGAUAUCCCCCUGAGAGAGAGGGACUGAGAGACACCGGUCACUGUACAGAUAUCCCCUGAGACAGAGGGACUGAGAGACACGGGUCAGUGUACAGAUAUCCCUGAGAGAGAGGGACUGAGAGACACAGGUCAGUGUACAGAUAUCCCUGAGAAAGAGGGACUGAGAGACACAGGUCAGUGUACAGAUAUCCCCCUGAGAGAGAGGGACUGAGAGACACGGGUCAGUGUACAGAUAUCCCUGAGAAAGAGGGACUGAGAGACACGGGUCAGUGUACAGAUAUCCCUCUGAGAGAGAGGGACUGAGAGACACCGGUAAGUCAUAGUCAUACUUUAUUGAUCCCGGGGGAAAUUGGUUUUCGUUACAGUUGCACCAUAAAUAAUUAAAUUGUAAUAAAACCAUAAAUAAUUGAAUAGUAAUAUGUAAAUUAUGCCAGGAAAUAAGUCCAGGACCAGCCUAUUGUCUCAGGGUGUCUGACCCUCCAAGGGAGGAGUUGUAAAGUUUGAUGGCCACAGGCAGGAAUGACUUCCUAUGACGCUCUGUGCUGCAUCUCGGUGGAAUGAGUCUCUGGCUGAAUGUACUCCUGUGCCCAACCAGUAUAUUAUCUAGUGGAUGGGAGACAUUGUCCAAGGUGGCAUGCAACUUAGACAGCAUCCUCUUUUCAGACACCACUGUCAGAGAGUCCAGUUCCAUCCCCACAACAUCACUGGCCUUAUGAAUGAGUUUGUUGAUUCUGUUGGUGGCUGCUACCCUCAGCCUGCUGCCCCAGCACACAACAGCAAACAUGAUAGCACUGGCCACCACAGACUCGUAGAACAUCCUCAGCAUCGUCCGACAGAUGAUAAAGGACCUCAGUCUCCUCAGGAAAUAGAGACAGCUCUGACCCUUCUUGUAGACGGCCUCAGUGUUCUUUGACCAGUCCAGUUUAUUGUCAAUUCGUAUCCCCAAGUAUUUGUAAUCUUCCACCAUGUCCACAC